GCACACCAGUUGCCGUUCAGCGGAGAGAGCGAGCUAACGUGCGGCGGACCAAAGACUACGGGCUUGACUUAACCCGAGGAUAACCAGAAAAAUAACUAAAAGAGCACUAGUUAAUACUUUUUAGAGGAUAUAACUGCUCUUUAAAAUGGAGUUUCUGAGCGCCCAGUGCGCCGCCCGUUCAGCGGGUCCGGCCAACACGCUCAUGUCCCUGCUCCUGUCCACCCUGAUAGCCAAGUUCUGUGACCUGAGUGGCCAGCAGCAGUGGCCCGAGGAUCGUGGCGAUUGGCUAGACAAGAACGGUGGCUUCCAGGGCGAGGACUAUGACUUUAUUGUAAUUGGUUCAGGCAGUUCUGGUGCCGUAGUGGCUGGCCGUUUGGUCGAGGAGUCCAACUGGAAGGUUCUAUUGCUGGAGGCCGGCGGUGAUCCGCCCAUUGAGACGGAAUUCGUGGCCUGGCACAUGGCCACCCAGUUCUCCGACUGGGACUGGCAGUAUCAUUCGGAGCCCAAUGGACGCGCCUGCAUGGCCAUGCUGGGCGAGAGCUGCCACUGGCCGCGAGGCAAGAUGCUGGGCGGAACGAAUGGCAUGAAUGCCAUGAUCUAUGCCAGAGGCACUCGGGAGGACUUUGACGACUGGGAGCGCAGGGGUAAUCCUGGCUGGGGCUAUGACUCGGUGCUGGAGCACUUCCGCAAGGCGGAGGAUUUGCGUUCCACGCGGCCGGACUACAAGCCGGGGGAUCAUGGCGUUGGUGGACCCAUGGGCAUUAAUAACUACGUUUCGGAUAAUGAGUUUAGAACCACGAUACGUGCUGGCAUGCAGGAAAUGGGCUAUGGCAGUGCUCCGGACUUUACCGAGGGAUCUUUUGUGGGGCAAAUUGAUAUUCUGGGCACCCAGGAUGGCGGACGUCGCAUAACCACCGCCCGCUCUCAUUUGCGUAAGGAUACACCCAAUCUGCACAUCCUGCGACAUGCUCAUGUCAAGAAGAUCAAUUUGGAUGGCCAGAACAGAGCCGAGAGCGUGACCUUUGUGCAUCGCGGCAGCAAGGAGUAUACGGUGCGGGCCAGCAAGGAGAUUAUCCUGUCUGGAGGAGCCAUUGGUUCGCCGCAACUACUGCUGCUCUCAGGCAUCGGCCCCGCCGAUCACCUCAAGAGCCUGGGCAUUCCCGUAAAAUUGGACCUGCCCGUGGGCCACAACCUCAAGGAUCAUGCCAGUCUGCCCGUCAUCUUUCAGAUUGACAAAUCCACAGCCAGAAAACCCACCGAGGAGGAGCUGGUGGAUGCCAUGUAUAACCUGCUCAUGGGUCGCUACAGCAAGCUGUUGCAUCAUGAGGCCACCGCCCUCACCGGCUUCAUCAACACCACCUCGAUUGAGGGUCCCAAUCCGGAUAUUCAGACCACAAACUUCUUUAGCCUGAUGCAGAGUCCCGAGCUGAAGGGCUACGUGGCUGCCACGGGCUUCAAUGACCGUGUGGCCAAGAGCAUUUUGUCGGCCAAUCAGAAUACGAAUACCUACAUCACCUACUUGCUCCACCUCAAACCCUUCUCAGCCGGCAGUCUGACUCUGAAGACGGCCAAUUAUCUCGAUGCCCCCAUCUUGGAUCCCGGCUAUAUGACCGAUGAACGCGAUGUGGAUACGUAUAUCAGGGCUCUCAAUAUCUACAAGAAUCUGCCGAACACGAAGGCCUUUAGCGAACGAGAGACCACGCUCCACAAGUUGGACUUGGAGAAGUGCAACGGCCUGAAGUAUCAAUCGGAUGAGUACUGGCGCUGUUAUAUCCGUCAUAUGACCACCACUGUCUACCAUCCGGUGGGCACCACUCGCAUGGGACCCUCAACCGAUCCCACAGCCGUCGUAGAUCCACGUCUUCGUGUCCAUGGCGCCAAGGGACUGCGUGUGAUCGAUGCCAGCAUUAUGCCUGAUAUUGUGGGAGCCAAUACCAAUGCCGCCUGCAUCAUGAUUGGCGAGAAGGGAGCGGACAUGAUCAAGGAGGAUCAUCUGGGCAAGGUGCAGCACAACGAGCUCUAAGCGAGUUAUAUUUUACGAGUAGACAUUCUGUAGCUUUAAGUUUUCCAGUGUCAUAAAGCGCUUCUUUUUUUUAGUUUUUUUUUUCUCUA